AUCAUCCUCCCGUGGUUGCAGCUAAGCGGUCCAUGCUUCUUCUGCGCAGCGCUGCAUCAGCCCUGCUGAGGACCAGCACUGAGCUCCCCCCGCUGUGUUUGCUGUCUACGGCGCGGUUCGUCCGGCUUUCACUCCACCACCUGCCCGGAAGGAGGCCGUUUUCAUCGUCGGUCUGCCUGUUUAAGAAGAAGCAGAGGAGCCCCUGGCUGCAGUUUACGGAAGGACAAACCAUGGGGGACGGAAACAUUGAAGAGAUUCUCGCCCCUUUGAGGCAGGCAGUUAAAGAGCAGGGGGAUCUAGUGCGCCAGAUGAAACAGGAAGGAGCUCCUGAGGUGGAUGUGACCAAAGCCGUGGCAGAACUUAAAGCAAGGAAGAAAGCUCUAGAGGCCAAGGAAUUGUCGCUGCAACCCAAAGAUGACAUUGUUGACAGAACCAAGAUGGAGGACACCCUGAAACGGCGAUUCUUUUAUGAUCAGGCCUUUGCCAUCUAUGGAGGUGUGAGCGGCCUGUAUGACUUCGGCCCAGUUGGCUGUGCCCUGAAGAACAACAUCCUGCAGGUGUGGAGGCAGCACUUCAUCCAGGAGGAACAGAUCCUGGAGAUCGACUGCACCAUGCUGACUCCUGAGCCUGUUCUCAAGACCUCUGGACAUGUGGAAAAGUUUGCAGACUACAUGGUGAAGGAUGUCAAAAAUGGGGAAUGCUUCAGAGCUGACCACCUUCUCAAGGCUCAUCUCCAGAAGCUCAUUUCUGAUAAGAAAUGUGCAGCUGAGAAAAAGGCUGAGAUGGAGAGCGUCAUCACCCAGUUGGAUAACUACUCGCAACAAGAGCUGACGGACCUCUUUGUGAAAUACAGCGUCAAGUCCCCGACCACAGGAAAUGAGCUCACAGCUCCCAUCUCGUUCAACCUGAUGUUCCAGACAUCCAUCGGACCGGGAGGCAACAUGCCAGGCUAUCUGAGGCCUGAAACUGCUCAGGGAAUCUUCCUUAACUUUAAGCGCCUCCUGGAGUUCAACCAAGGGAAACUUCCUUUUGCUGCUGCUCAGAUAGGAAACUCCUUCAGGAAUGAAAUCUCUCCUCGCUCCGGCCUUAUUAGGGUCAGAGAGUUCACCAUGGCUGAGAUCGAGCACUUUGUGGACCCGACCGAGAAGGUCCAUCCUAAAUUCUCCAGUGUGGCUGACCUGGACAUCAUAUUGUACUCAUCCAAAGCCCAGACCAGCGGCCAGUCGGCGCACAUCAUGAGGCUGGGAGAUGCCGUAGAACAGGGAGUGAUCAAUAACUCCGUCCUGGGUUAUUUCAUUGGGAGGAUCUACCUCUACCUUACAAAAGUUGGUGUUGCCAAAGACAAGCUGCGCUUCCGACAGCACAUGGACAACGAGAUGGCUCAUUACGCCUGUGACUGCUGGGACGCUGAAGCCAAGACCUCCUAUGGUUGGAUCGAGAUCGUUGGCUGUGCUGACAGGUCUUGUUAUGAUCUGAAAUGCCAUGCAAGAGCUACAAAGGUCCCUCUGGUUGCUGAGAAACCUCUGAAAGAACCUAAAACUGUAAAUGUUGUCCAGUUUGAGGCCAACAAAGGAGCCAUUGGGAAGGCUUAUAAGAAGGAUGCUAAGUUAGCCAUGGAGUAUCUGGCAGUGUGUGACGAAUGCUUCAUCACAGAGCAGGAACAGCUGCUGAAUGAUAACGGAGAGUUUACCAUCGAAACAGAAGGGAAGACGUUUAAGCUUACGAAGGACAUGGUUGGAGUGAAGAGGUUCCAGAAGACCUUGCAUGUGGAGGAAGUUGUUCCCAACGUGAUUGAGCCUUCCUUUGGCAUCGGUAGGAUCAUGUACACCAUCUUUGAACACACAUUCCACGUCAGAGAAGGCGACGAACAGAGAACGUACUUUAGCUUCCCUGCCACUGUAGCUCCAUACAAAUGUUCUGUCCUGCCUCUGAGCCAAAAUCAAGAGUUCGUGCCUUUUGUGAAGGAGCUAUCCGAGGCCAUGACCAGAAACGGCGUGUCACACAAGGUGGACGACUCCUCCGGGUCCAUUGGGAGGCGCUAUGCUAGGACGGACGAGAUAGGAGUGGCAUUCGGCAUCACAAUUGACUUUGACACAGUGAACAAGACGCCUCACACGGCUACGCUGAGGGACCGCGACUCAAUGAGGCAGAUCAGAGCCGAGGUCAGUGAGCUGCCUGUUAUUGUUCGAGAUCUGGCCAACGGCACGCUGACCUGGGCAGAAGUGGAGAGCAAGUAUCCCAUCUUUGAAGGACAGGAGACGAGUAAAAAGGACACAAUUGAGGAGUAGAGCUCAUGUUUCAUCUGCAGGCCGCACCACGAAAAUUUCAGCCUUGACGCAAACACAACAGGAACAAUCCUAAAGCCAUGUCCUGAUGAGCCACAGAGACGGACCGACUCACUUAAAUCACUAAUAUGUCAUGUUUAUGUAAGAGACGAGGCAACACCUGCACAGGAUGUCUUCGAUGAGCAACAUGGCUUCUAUGUUUUGCAGGUUUAAUGAUUUUAAAAAGGGAGAAAACAAAUGUAAUGUGGAAGGAGACUUUGGUGUCUUCAGCAGGAAUGGAUCCAGCUAUUUAACAGUUGAAUAAAAGCAGCCAGCACUUACUGGACAUCUGCAGUUC